AUGCUGAACGGAUACGCAUUCACCAAGCGACUCGAAGAGUUCAAGAAAAUGGAUGGCGAUUAGAGCAAGGAGAGCCGCUUUAAGAAUAAACACAUCGGCGACAGAGAGCAACUAGCCCUGAACUACAAAAGCAGAGUCGAAAAGUUCAUCCAAGAUAUGAGUUUGGAACCGAUGAAGAUCACUAACUACAAGCCACAAGAGAACAACUUUAGAAUGAAGGAGGACAGAUCUAAGAUGCUGGGCGACGCACUUAUAAGAACCAAGAGUUUUGUCACUGAAAAAGUGAGAAUACAGCAAUCAAUUGAGCACUAUAAGAACUUGUUGGACACGGAGGGCUCAGUGAACAAGAAAAUGGUGCAUGAGUUCAGAGAAAGAGAUGUUUCAAAGGAAAUUCAGCCAAAGAUGAGAUUCACUGCCUCCACCUAGCUUGAGAGAGUAAUAGACGCCAUUACUUAAAACAGAAACUCCAUGGAGAAUAAGGACAAUAAGAACCCCAAGAAAAAUGUUAUAGCGGAGAUGGUCGUAGACUAAAUCAAAAGCAAUCUGAUUGGCUCUCACUAGAAGCACUAGAAUGAGAAACUGAUUAACAGGGCUGGCACGAUGAACCAGGAUCCUACAAGAGACACUAACAAGAGUGGGGUGUCGAAUGAUCAGCAACAGAUUAUACCCAGGAGACUGAGUUAGAAAGAACUGAGUCCACUUAACUUGGUGUUUUAAGCUGGCUCUGAUAAGCUAAAGACUUUCUACUCAACAACUUCAAGCAGCAGGCUCAGAAGAGCAUCAUCUUAAUACAUGUCAUAGAACCAUGUAAUGGCUAGGUAUAUUAACAAAGAAUACAAAAAACUCCACUUUAAGGCAGCUUAAUCAGUUUCUAUGCAUGCACCUGGAGUUCUUUAAUCUCCAACCAACCCCUUUGGAGCCAAAUAAGGGUCAUAGGCAGUUUCACCGAACACCUCAGUCAGGCAGUCAAGGCCAAAUGAGUCGAUGAACUCGCCAGUAAUCAAGAAUGGAGGAGAUGUCUUGCAGUCCGCUCAGAGCUCAAGUGGAUUUAACCACACCUAGCAGUCAUUUUUGCAGAGACAGAAGAACAGCACGAUGCUGAAUACCAGUAAAAGCGCCUUCUUCUUGCCAAUUGCCAAGCCUACUAGGAACAAGAACGAGAGUUUGAAUCAGGACGGGACUGAGAAGAACUUUUACUAAACUCAUCACAGUCAGAUGGCUACUUAGUCUCACUUUCAACUGCCUCAGGUAGUCAACCCUAUUGCUGUCUCAAAAGAAAAAUAACAAGAGAUGUCUAAACAGCUUGAAGUGAAAUCUCUGAAUCCAUACCAGCAAAGAAGAAAGAAGCACUCUAGUCACUCGCAAAAUGAAAGACAGAAGAUCGAAGCUUUGAUGCAAGCCUCUUACAUGGAAAGCUCUUUCUAUAAUAUGUACUAUAGAAACUCUGUAUUAAAUGAUCCCAAGGGAGGAAGCAAAAAGCUUAGAUUCGCAGGUGACAUUGACCAGGAUGACUCUAACUUUGGAUUAGAUGUACCAUCCUUGGAAAUAGCGGAUUCUCUAGACAAGAAGACACAAGGCAAGCCUCUGAUUAAAAAGAACACUAAGUUGAGCAAUGAUAACCCUCACAAUAUCACUAGCACCAGUUAGAUAGACUUAAUGGCAACAGAGAUGCUGAACCAGUGCAACGCAGUGGUAAACAGCAAGAUAAGUCACGACAAGAUCUUGAAAAAGGGAGAGGGCAAGACUACCUCUGGCAGUGGCAAAACCAACUUGGAAAUUUACAGCUAGUUAAUGCAAACAUUCUGA